ACUCUAUUACAGCAAAUUCCACAUACGACAUAAAAGGUAAUUUUACCUUGCCGUCGUCAUCUAAAAAUGUAGUAACCGAAUUAAUAAAUAAUUCCGGAGGCAGCUUGAGCCUUUAUAGAGGAGAAAUGAUGUUGCAUGUGCCAGAGUUUGCCAUUGGUAAAAAUCAGAAAAAACACAUGUCUUUGAUUGUAUUGAGUGACGAAAGUGCCCGAAUAUCAAUUCCUUGCGCUGAAUCGUUAUUUGUUUGCAGCACAAUUGUAUAUUGUUCUCCUAGAAAUUAUAGUUUCCAGAAACCAGUUAUAAUCAAAUUACCGCAUUGCUUAAUUGAACCACGACAAUGGAAUGUGCAUAUAUACCAAGCAGAUAACGAUCAUUACGAUAUUAACUCGAAUUGGAGAAAAAUAGUUUCCGUUGGAAAAGAAACUAUAAACACACCGGUUUUUGUCAACGUGGAAGAGAAGCAUUUAUAUAUAAUGACAGAACAAUUAGGACGUUUUGCAGUAGUUGCUGAACCAAACAAUCUCACCGAUUACCUGCCUGCUAUUGAAAUGCGACUUAUUGCGUUCAGUCAAUUAACGCCGAGCAGCUCAAACUGUAGUCUUCGAAUAUAUGUUGUGAAAGACUUUCCUAAUAGUAAGGACAUUUGCAAGACAAUUGAGGCAAAGUUGGGUGGUACUAUUAUGGGCGAAAGUGAGACUUUUGCUUUUCACUUAAAUACCUGCGAUUUAGUAAUUCGUGUACGUAACACGGAGUCCAGUUCGUGGGACCUCAAGGAACAAACUAAUUAUGAACAAAUUAUACCAUAUAAUCAUAUUCUCAACAACAAUUCAAUUUUGCAUUGUGAGUUUACCAUAAAAAGAUCACUGAAUUCACAAUUAAUUUUUGAUGUGGACUUUGAGCAAAGUGGUUUAGAAAACAUGGAAUCACGGAUUCACUCGUUCAUUAUUUCAAGUGAACAUUUUUCACAAAGUGACGUUCGGUCGCAAACAUUUGAAAAUCGACAACAUCAAGCAAUUGUUUCUAUUGAUCGUGAUAGUAGCUUCAUAAAUGAGACGAAUACUUUGAGUAGCGUUUAUCUACCACACACAUGUAAGCGGCUGAUCUGCGAUGCUUUGGACCCACCUCGCCAAGAUGAAAAAGAUUGGCGUUUGUUGGCUAAAAAACUCGGCACAGAUCAUUAUAUUGCGUAUUUCGCUACAAAGUCAUCGCCAACCGAGCAAAUCCUCAAUCUAUGGGAAUGUCGAGCAAAACAUUCCUCGCGUACAAUUGUUGAAUUAUUAAUAGUGUUCAGUGAAAUGGACAGAGAGGAUAUAAAACAAAUUAUUACAGAUACUAACGGCCCUCUUUGGGUGUGAAAAAAUAUUUGCACAACUGUUAUUACUGAUAAGUUGAAAUGCCUUUAUUUGAAAAAUUAAGAUAUUAAAGUAAUAUAUAUUAUAAAAUAAGUAAGCGCAUUUAUAAGUAAAUGUGUAUCUAAAUAUCGAAACAUAUUCUCUUAAAUAGUAAGGGGAAUUCCCAAAAUAUUUCACGCAUAGUCGCGGUCAAAACCAGUGCUAAAGACCAUUUUGUUUUUUAAGAUUUCAUUGACGACUACAAAUUUUUGCUAUUUAGUUACUUAUUUUAUAAACGAAUUUUUAUAGUGUUACUAUACGUUUAAGCAUAUACCGUGUUCGAUAUUGCAUUUUAUAAGGACGUAAAAAAUGAUAUUAAAGCAACAAAUAAGUAAAUAAAACGCAAAAAUAUGAUAUAAAGUACUCACAUACAUAAAAUGAAAUUACUUAAUACCUGUGAUCAAAAAUUGUAAUUGUAAUUGUUAUCGAACACUUUUCCAUUUUUCUAAUUAAUUUUAGUUUAAUUUACACAUAAUAAUAUAAUAAACUUAUAACAUUUUACGACUGAAUAUUUCACGCAUAUAUAGCUAUGUUAAGUUUUAAGAAAUUAACAUGUUUUCUGACCAAAUUCAUUUUUAUACAUAUGCACGUUUAAAUUUAUUAUUGAAAAUAACAAAUUAAUACUUCGAGAUAAGAUCAUGUUCAAGCUCAUACCGUUUUGUUGAAUAUACAUUUAUGUAUAUGGUACAAAACAUGUUUGCAAUGUGUUUAAUUUUCUAUAAAUGUGCUUUUAUAGAUUGCAAUAUUAUUCUAAUAUAUAUUAAAUAUGCCAUACUUUCGAAAUUAUGAGUGCAGUUAAUUUUAACUAAGUCAAUAAUUGAUUAAAAUAAUAAACCACAUUCAUUUGAAUAAUCUUUUUUUUUUUAAAUUAUCGCUCUCAUUUUAUAAGCUAAGUACUUUGGAACAAUAACAGAUUACUGCUGCACAACUUACUAUGACGUCUAAUGAAUGACCGCGAUUGUGAGAAAAAAAA